AUGGCUCUAAAAAAUACGAUAAGAACCCAUAUUGUAGGUUCCGAGUUUCAGCUCAAGAAUAAUGACCUUUCGACGCUACUGAGGUUUCUCGUUCAGCUAUUCUCGCUGGCAAGAUAUUUGUUGAUUUAUAAUAUAUGGAGUUGUAAGACAUGGCUUGUUGAGCAAUCUGUAGAGUCAAAGUGUGGAAUUUGGCUUGCUAAAAUGAUAGGCCGGGCUUUGAUAUGUAUCCCAUUCGUGGGCGAGGCGCUAGCACGCGCCUUUGAUCGAAUAAUAGCGGCUGUCAAAUUCAAAAAAUUACCGCUGAUGAGACGCAUUAAACAGUUUCUGGAGACCCUUUUUCAAUUGUCCCUUGUCGAUCUAACGUUGAGAAAUGCCAACAUAAAGUUUAUUCAGACUGGCGACCCGCUUCAAAUAGAAACUAGCCCAGACAAACCCCAGACCGCACUUUUAAUCGCCAACCAUCGCUCCAUCAUGGAUUACACGCUGAUAAAUUGUCUAGUUCAAGGCGACAGGCCUUUUGGUGCCCCGGAGUACCUGUGGAGCCUUUUAAAGGGGCAGAAUUUACAAUACAUUCCGAAGCUGAAGUUCGUUUCGUGGGGACGAAUUUCAAAUAUGCCUUCUAUCGGAUUCAUAGCCAACAUAAUGAUGAAGGAUGAAAAUGCCGCCAUCAGCACUAGCGAUGUCGAGUCCUUUCUUAAACAAGAGGGCAAUCAAAUACUAGCAAUGUUUCCAGAGGUUAAUGUACUAACGCCCGAGUUGCGCCUGGUGCAGAGAAAACUAACGAAAGACAGCUAUUUGCCCAUGAUGAACAACGUCCUGUACCCAAGGUUCAAGAAUUUCACAUCCACUGUGAAAUGUUUGGCGCACCUCCAGCAUGUUGAGAAAUCUCGUAAAGUCCGAUAUUUGCGAAAAGCAGUAACCAGAGCUAGCGGUAUGGUGUCCAAAGUAAAGCAUUCUAAAUCAAAGGUUGACGCCGAAGAGAUUGCACAAGUGAGCUUGUUCUUGGGUGAAGAUGGGUUGGACGCACCAACUGUAAACGUAGCAACUCGCCCUAAGUUGUUGAAGACCUCUUUGAGGAUAGAUCCAUUCGUGUGGGAUUUCACCAUUGUCUACUAUCGCGCCAAACUUUCAUCUGGACGAGAACAUGCCCACGUACAUAAAUUGGAACUGCAUCGAAUUGAUGAAGAAAAUGACCAUUAUCAACUGGAACAAAUAACACCUUCUUUUUUACAGCUUCUGGGAUCGAGAUUUCAAGACUCACCCAUUCUAAUCAGAAUCCAUCUAAACAAAUACCCGUUAUCAAAUUUAAUGAAACUAAGCGACAGGAAAUUAGAAUCAUGGCUCGAGAAAACUUGGUUGGAGAAAGACCUAAUGCUGGAUUCCAUGCAGAAAAAUGUUAAGAUUAAUUAA